AACUCACAAGUCAGAAUUAUGAGAUGCAAACUCGCAAUUGCGAGAAAAAAGUUGAAAAUUACCUAUUUUAUUUAAUUUAGUGGUGGAAACAAGCUUCCGCAGAUAUAUGACGUGCAUCACAAUAGGCAAGAAAAGACUAUUGAAACUUCCGUUUCAUGCCGCGUUCCUCCCCCUGUCACUAAAAUAAGAUCGAAGAAAUUAGUAAAAGAAAUGACAACGAUGGACAAAAUCAAGUCCCGUCCUACAUUUUGUCUUUUGAGAAGCCAUUUUACUCAGAUAAAUGUCACAAUAGGGAAGAAAAGAUGUUCCCAAAAUAAUAAUAAUAAAAAAAAUCACCCUCUAUUUUCUAAACAAAGAAAAGUUAUAACAUUUUAUAAAAUCUAAAAUGAUUCAUGUAAAUGUUUACUUUUAAAAAAAUGACUGAAUUUUUUAAUCAAAAUGUCAUAAUAUGACAGUUUUCUUUCUUGUGAUGUAUGCGGGACUUCUCCACUCAUUUGUCCACUGAUUUCAUGGUGACUUUGUCAGCAAUAAAGUCUCCUGUUGUCUCUCUAUUUAAGAGACAGAUAUUAGCAAUGUAGACUGUACACUGGCGGUGGAGGAAAAUGAGGAGCCAAAGAAAUUAACCACAUCCCCAUUCUUUCACUCUGACCCUUCUCAUUGCCUCCUGGAAGGUGAAGAGGCAUGAUGUGACAGUGGAUCUAUGUGGAUAAAAGCAGGGAUUAUACAGAUGUUGCGUGUGAAUUCAGAGCUCAGGGAUUACCUCUGAACUGGGAAUAGGAGUGUGUCUCCCUGUAAACAUCGUCACAGUGCCAUGCAGUAGGGUUAUAAUAUACGGCAGUGUUUACUCGGCUGGUAUGAAGGGGUAUCGUGCUCCACGGGUGUGUGGCUGUGUACGCUUCUGUCAGAAAGUUUUGGCCAGGUGUGAUUGCUGCUUCAGACAGCAAGAGUCAUACACAUUGACAGGGCUUGGCGAUGUCUCCUUGCCUACUGAUACACCUUCGCCCUCUGUCUCCAUUGAUGACCUCUCUCCAAUCUCACCCAGCAAUAAUCAGCCUCCUUCCUCUAGGCGGCCAUCUACCACAUCUACCCGCUCUCUCAAGGCCCUCAAGAGAUGGUUGAGCAGCCCAGUUCGAAGGCUGAGUCUGGGAGGAGGUGGCAAGGGUCAGAGCUCAAAGGUCAUUCAGCGCCCAGACGGCUCAGGCUAUAUGUUUCUGCCUCUCUCACCUGCUCAAAGCCCAUUGAGCCCAACAGAGAAGUCCAAAAAACUGCCCCACUCCUACAGAUCUCUGGACUGUGGUGAACUUUCAGGGCCAACAUCUCCUGACAGUCCCUAUUACCCAAGAUACCUAAAUGAUCUCUUGCAGAGGCAUCAGUCUUGCGAUGUGCAUUCUGGGAGAUGGGAGGGAGGUGCCUCGUUGAUUGAUGAGACACUUGUACAAUCGCUGAGCCUAGAGGAUGAAGACCAGGAGAGAAGAACUGCCUUAGAGAAAAGCAUAUAUGUGCUGACAGAGCUGGUAGAGACAGAGAAGCUGUAUGUGGAAGAUCUGGGGCUUGUAGUGGAGGGUUAUAUGGCUACAAUGAAAAGUGUUGGGGUGCCUGAGUAUUUGGCAGGAAAGGAUAAAAUUGUGUUUGGGAACAUUCAUCAGAUCUAUGACUGGCACAAAGACUAUUUUCUUGAAGAGUUGGAGAAAUGUGUGUCUGAACCUGACCUGCUGGCACAACUGUUUAUUAAACAUGAGAGGCGGCUCAACAUGUAUGUGGUCUAUUGUCAGAACAAGCCAAAGUCAGAGCAUAUUGUCUCAGAGUACAUUGAAACCUAUUUUGAGGAACUGAGACAACAGCUGGGUCACAGACUGCAGUUAAAUGACCUGCUCAUCAAACCUGUUCAGAGAAUCAUGAAAUAUCAGCUGCUGCUGAAGGAUUUCUUGAAGUACUACACUAAAGCAGGCAGACAAACAGAAGAUCUUGAGAGGGCAGUGCAGGUGAUGUGUUUUGUUCCAAAGCGAUGUAACGACAUGAUGAAUGUUGGAAGACUACAGGGUUUUGAGGGUCAGCUGAGAGCACAAGGGAAACUCUUGCAACAGGACACCUUCACAUUCAUUGAAAAUGAGAACAGCAUCCUCUCCCGUCCCAAGGAGAGACGGGUGUUCCUCUUUGAGCAGCUUGUCAUCCUCAGCGAGCCAAUUGACCGCAAGAAAGGCUUUUCCCUGCCAGGAUACAUCUAUAAAAACAGCAUCAAGAUUAGUUGUUUGGGCAUUGAGGAUCGUUGCCCGGAUGACCCAUGUCGGUUGGUGUUGACGUCUCGUAAUGUAGAUGGAAGCAUGCACCGAUUCAUUCUUCAUGCAUCAACUCCAGAAAUCAGAAUGUCCUGGGCAAAUGACAUCAUACAGAUCCUGGAGACACAACGCAACUUUUUAAACGCUCUGCAAUCUCCUAUUGAAUUCCAGAGAAAAGAAAUUAAAUCCCUCAGCCUGAGAAUGAACAUGACAACAUCACCCUCACUGAACUCUGACCUGCGACCCUAUAGCUCUGCCUCAAUAGACCGCCAGGGUCUGCCUUGCCUGCGCUCCUGGAAUUCUUCACAACCUUCCAUGCCUCAGUGAAAGCUUUCUGACAGUCCUGUAAAGGCACUUUCUCAUCUUCUUCUGCCUUCAACCCAAGCAAUGGAUCAUCUGUUACUCUCAGGAGAACAUUAUAAGGAGAUAAAGGAAGACUUAGUCCCUUUCCGAGUUAGUUAUGUCCAAUAAACAAAGAUUGAAUUUAUUUAAUUAUUCAUUAUAACUGAAUUAUUCAUCCGCCUGCCAUUUCAAUAUGUUAAUUCACACAAACCAUAUAUCCAACACAACCUUCAGGGCCAAGUAUUUUGAACCUACAAGACUACAUUUUCUGUUACCAUAACAAAAAGUAUUGGACCGUAUGUGCUAAACUUUGCAUUAGUGACAUUAUAUCAUACUGAUAAUUCUAUAUUGCUAAAAUUGUGCAUGGGAAGGUUAACUUAUUCCUUGUUCCAAAUGAUAUAUAAUGUGACAUAGAGGAAGAUUUUAGGCAUUAAACAUGUCAGGUACUGUAACGUAUACUUGAUCCUCUUGUAAAAAGACAGUAUAUCAAGCUAUCCAAUGUAUUACUUUUUCAUAUUUGAAUUCAGAUGUUUUCAUUAGCAUUGUAUAUUCACUGAAUGACUCUAGA